AUGGUCCAUAAGGCAUCCUCUUCGCACGUCCUUGAUGGUUCCACCUAUAUCAUGGACUAUCGCUUCGAAUGCAACUCUGAAGCGCUCGGCUUAUUUGACUUCUCCUACGCCCUACAACCAUUGAAUGCGCCGUCGAACUCUUCGCCGAUUGCCUUGGCCUCUGGUCACGUCAUUCUUCGCGACUAUCUCGGUGCCUCGCGUCGGUGGUAUGCUGAAAUGGAUAUACCUUCCCAGGAGACUGCAGAGCUUUCAUUUCUCUUCGAUGCUCGCGGGCGCCUCCUGGACGAGUACGUCUCUGGCCUCUAUCUGCGGGGAUCUGGGGUUUGGGGUCAUGAGCUCAGCGAAGGGAGCAUAUUGCUUGUGACGGAUCUCAGCGUUGAGGAAUCUUACCGCGGACGCGGUAUUGGGACAUGGUUGCUCACCCACGUUCUAUCCGAACCUGCUAUCGCCCGCCCACCGGCAACUCAAUGGAGGUUGCUUCACCCCCCUCCGGCGAAAUGCGAUAUUGCUAUGGCUUGGCCUGCUGGGGCUGGAGGAGCGGGUAUGCCUGCCGAGCAGCAUCGCAAGGAAUCGGACGUGGCCGUCCGCACCUUCCGCAGAGUCGGCUUCAGGCGCAUCGGCCGUUCCGUUUUUUUUGCAAGAGCCUUGAAGGACCCAUCGCACCCAUCUCUUUCUUUACCGGCCGAGGACGAUCCUGGCGAAAUAACGCAGCCCGAAUUGUCACGCCCGCUCCCGACGCUAUCACCAUUUAUGCGCACGCUCGUACAAUCGGAUUGGUCAGAGAACGGGAGGCGCCUGCCAUUACAUGCUAUGAUAGCUUCGGAAACCUGUAGUGAUAGUCGCAUUCUAGAUGCGCUAUCCCGCCUCUCCACUCCCGCCGAGCUAGCGCAUAUCUGCGUCGCCGACCCCAGCGCGAUGAACGCAACGCCGCUCCACCUUGCUGCAAUGAGAAGCAGAGCGUCGGUCGUGAAGAAGUUGCUGACAACGAAUGCUCGGGGCAACGUGUUCACAGCUACAGCACACGGACGCUUGCCUCUUGACUGUCUACAGCGAAAGAUGCGCGAGGAGAAGGCCUUCGCAUCGUCUGUGGGGAUGCAGAGCUGGCCUGGUCAUUCCGCACUCAGUAUUGAAACGCAGGCCGCACUCUUAUCCGCGAUGGGAAGGCCGGUUCCUACUCAGGACGCCGCAAGAUGGGGCUGUACUUGCGGACAAUGCGUUAUGGGCUGGUUCUCGCUCCGCAUGCUCUACCAAGUUAGCGUCCGGGCUGAAGUCGCCAUGGACAUGUUGCUACAGUCAUUGGACCUCACGCCCGCCGACGAGACGCGAGGUCGCGCUCGGUUAUACAGGUCGUCAACUUUGGACGAGAUUCAUUUUAUGGAGUACAUACCCCAGUCCAUUCGUGCGCAGGGCGUACACGCUACUUUCCUCAAAGGUUACGGAGCAGUUCUACGUGCGAUAGCAUCCGUCACGAAGCGUAACCAAAUUCCAACCGUUCAGCUUGUCUCGAGCCAUGCCCUCGACGGCAAGCACGACCACUUCGCAGCGCGCGCCGUGGAGUUUUUUUUUCAGAAAGGCGGCAGGGUCGAGCACGCCUUGAAUGGGGUUCUGCAUGAGGCAUCCGAGCUAGGUCCCGGAGGGGAUGGGUCGUUCCUCGAUAUCGACGAAUUUGCAGACGAAUUGGCAGACCUGCCGGACUGCGAGAACGACGAAGAUUAUCCUCUUCUCCGCGCGAACCUUGGCCUUCCGUCGCACUUGAACGGGCGCAUCAGCGCCACAUGGUUGGACCAUAUUAUGGACCCAGCGGACUUCGAUCAUGCGAUGGACAGCAGCUCUUCAAGCGAGGGCGAGAGCGAAGACGAGGGCCGUUAG